CUGGCUGCGCUUUGGCUCACCGGUCCUGCUUUUGAGCUCUUCCGGGAAGGGUAGGGUAGAGACGCCAGCUUCCCUGCUGGGCCUGCGCUACACCCGCCGCCUGUCGCGCUCGCCCCUCGGCCUCCCCUGGCCUUCUCGGGCCCCUCCGACCCUCCUUUGGCAGAGGAAACUGGCUCCCCGCAGGCUCCAGCCCUUCUUGGACCCUGGCCUCCAGGUCGUCUCGCUCUGACAAGUUUCCGCACAGGCCUGGGAGGAGGUUUAUUAGGCCUCCAACUUUAAGAAAGCAAACAUGGCCUCAAGUUCCCAGCGAAAAAGGAUGAGCCCAAAGCCAGAGCUUACUGCAGAGCAGAGACAGGAAAUCCGGGAAGCUUUCGACCUCUUCGAUGCUGAUGGAACUGGAUCCAUAGAUGUUAAGGAACUGAAGGUGGCCAUGAGAGCCCUGGGCUUUGAACCCAAGAAAGAAGAGAUCAAGAAAAUGAUCAGCGAAAUUGAUAAAGAAGGGACAGGAAAGAUGAACUUUAGUGAUUUUUUGACUGUGAUGACUCAGAAAAUGUCUGAGAAAGAUACCAAAGAAGAAAUUCUGAAAGCAUUCAAGCUCUUCGAUGACGAUGAAACUGGGACGAUAUCAUUCAAAAACCUGAAGCGUGUGGCCAAGGAGCUGGGCGAGAACCUUUCUGAUGAGGAGCUGCAGGAAAUGAUCGAUGAGGCUGAUCGAGAUGGCGAUGGGGAAGUCAACGAGCAAGAGUUCCUGCGCAUCAUGAAGAAGACCAGCCUUUAUUAGACGAGCGGCUUCAUUCCGGCCGCAAGCAUAUCUGCCUAGAUUUAGUGCCUGUCGUCGUGUGAAAUCUGGCUUGGAGAACACCAACUGUCCCCCCACCGACCUCCUUGUAUAACUUUAGUAGCGACCUCGGAUCUAGUCUAGAUUUUUGCAAGUGUUCUUUGAUAGUCCAGUUUUUUUUGUAAAAUGACCUGCCAACUGCUUUACUUUUCAAAAACAGACGAGAGUGCAUUAGACUGGAGGAAAGGGUCUUGAAGCUUUGCCCACCUGCCCUUCUGUCUUGCCUUGCUUCACUCUUGUUCUGCAUUUCCACUUCUGUGCAGACACAGAACGCCUUCCUUGACAAGCACAUGUUGGCCCCCUAUCACCACGAGCAGUGGUUCCAGUUGUUCACUGACACCUCAGUACACUUUUCUCUUUUGUGAGCCCCAGUGAACUCUUGCACUGGCAUUUGGGUGUGUGUUAAUGCUAUUGGUUUUGUCUUAAAAAUAAAAUGUUUCUUAGUUUGUG